UCCCCCGUCUGUGUCUGAAGUUACAGCAGAGCGUUGCGGCUCCGGUGACCCACUUUGUCUCUCUCCCUUUUUCCCUCCCCGCACGUGACAAAAUAGGAAAGGAGGAGGGAUGGGGGGUGGGGGGUUGUUUUGGAAAUGGCAUUUGCAGAUAAGAGCUGGAUGAUGGUGGCAUGUGUUUAAGUGUUGGUGAGAGCUGCUUUUUGGGCCUUAACGCGCCCUCCCCUCAGCGCGCUGACUGGCAGAUCAGCCGCUUGGCGAGCUCAUGCUAACCGAGGGCCAGCGGGCAGUUUAUGGUCACUGUCAUGGGAGUGUGAGUUUACAGGCUUUUCUCUGUUCCUGUUCCAGGAAUUUGUACCGCACUGUGCAACUUAAGGCUGUGAACUGUAAAGGCCAACACAGCAUCUCCUACACGUUGUCCAGGCACCAGACGGUGGUGGUGGAGUACAGCCAUGAUAAAGACACAGACAUGUUUCAGAUUGGACGGUCCACGGAAAAUCCCAUAGAUUUUGUGGUUACUGACACCGUAGCGGGAGGCCAGGAUGGAGAGGAGACUCAGAUCACCCAGAGCACCAUCUCUCGCUUCGCCUGCAGAGUCGUCUGCGAGCGCAGCCCCCCUUACACUGCUCGCAUCUAUGCGGCCGGAUUUGACUCCUCCAAAAACAUCUUCCUCGGGGAAAAAGCAGCAAAGUGGAAGAACCCUGAUGGCCACAUGGAUGGGCUGACGACCAAUGGGGUGCUUGUAAUGCACCCUAAAGGAGGCUUUAUGGAAGAGUCCAAGCCCGGCGUCUGGAGAGAGAUCUCCGUUUGCGGAGAUGUCUACACUCUGAGAGAGACCCGCUCGGCGCAGACCCCAGGAAAACUGGUGGAGAAUGAGAGUAACGUCCUGCAGGACGGCUCUCUGGUGGACCUGUGUGGGGCCACUCUGCUGUGGCGCACCGCAGAGGGUCUCUUUCACACUCCCACCCAGAAGCACCUGGAGGCCCUGAGGCAGGAGAUCAACGCGGCACGGCCCCAGUGCCCCGUGGGUCUCAACACGCUCGCCUUCCCCAGUAUGCAGCGCAGUCGGGCCCUCUCCUCUCUGGAGGACAAGCAGCCGUGGGUCUACCUGGCGUGCGGGCACGUGCACGGCUACCACAACUGGGGCCACCGCUCCGAGCGGGAGCCCAACACCCAGCGGGAAUGCCCCAUGUGCCGGGUGGUGGGACCCUACGUCCCGCUGUGGCUGGGCUGCGAGCCCGCCUUCUACGUGGACACGGGCGCGCCCACUCACGCCUUUGUGCCGUGUGGACACGUGUGCUCGGAGAAGUCGGUCAAGUACUGGUCGGAGAUCCCUCUGCCCCACGGCACCCACGCGUUCCACGCCGCCUGCCCCUUCUGUGCCACGCAGCUCGGCCCCUCUCAGGGCUGGUCCAAGCUGAUCUUCCAGGGCCCGGUGGACUGAUCCGAGGAUCCCUGCUGCCGGAACGUUCUGGGAAACCGAUCAGAUAAAACCCGUGCGUCAUUUAUGCAAACCAGCCUCGAAAUGGAAUGAGUUUGCUUGAGUUUUGGCCGUUUACGUGGAUCCUGUUCAACAGGGAGCCAUUACAGAUUGUUUAGGAGCUUUUCGGACGGAGUCAGAGAGUGCUCUGUCCAGACAACCAGUUGUUUUAUGCAAGGCUUCGUCGUCAGGGUGUUUCGCAACACUACCAUCAGAUUGCUACAGAAAGUCUCUUAAACGAAUGACUUUUUUCUCCUACCAGGUGUCUUUGGGUCUGUUGGGAAAGGAAACAGUUGUUUAGUUUCUGAUGGGACGGAGCUUUCACAGAGCCAGACAGCUGGACUGUUGGCUGGGAGAAAAGCCAGAAGGAACUUUGGGGUUUAACGGCUAAAUAGCCCAAAAAAAAAAAAAACAAACAAAAAAAUGCCUCCAAUCGUUCCUCUUGGUGGUAAACUCUUAAUGGCAUCCAAAUCACGUAACUCGCUAGAAGUGGCUUCCAUUCACCGAACAAACUUUGAUUUGUACAGAGAUGAAAUCCAGUGCCUGAGAUCCCGAUAAAA